UGGCGCUGGUGGUAGGUAUAUACUAGUGUGUACAGUACAGCGCUGAGUAUACCUAUACGGCGAAAAAAUACAAACAAAAAAAAGGAAGAAGGAUGGAUGGCGCUGCGGAGAGGAGCUUUUCACGAGAAAGAGAGAGAGAGAGAGAGAGAGAGAGAGGAGGUGAAGGUGCAGCAGCUGAUGGUGGUGUGUGGUGGACGGUCGAUGACGCGGUCACAUGUGUGUAUAUGAGGGAGACCGGUCAGUUGUCGUCCACCUGUGCAAUGUGUUUUGUUUUUAGAGGAGAUCGGUUGUUGUUUAUAGGAUGAAGGUUGUUUGGGAAUUUUUGAUGCGUCGUCUGAUCAUGCCGUCUGUUACUACUGAUCGAUGAGGAGUCGGCGGAAAGAUGUGAUUAUGAGACGACAGCCUCUUAUAUUAAAAUCCAUCAAAAGAAGCUGCGCAUUAAUAGCGCAAUCAAAUAUUGAUGUCGUCAGACUCGAGAAAAAAAUGUGAACAAUAUUCACCGGUGUGAAUAAGUAUUACGAAAAAACCAAUUCACAAUCUAGCAUGGAUAAUAAACUGCUGACCACCUUGAAGGCGCAAACAGGUGAAUCGCCAAGGACCUGCCGAAAAUCGCGAGGAAUCGUCAAUGACCGUCACCAUCAACCGCGUGUAGCACGUGGCGGGAUCCUAUGUACCUAUAUAUAUAUAUAUAUAUAUAGUUAUACAUCGUGCAGGAUGCUGUAACUUACUAUACUCCAGGAAAACACCUGCGCCGAGGAAUGUGCGCGGGAGGAGCUGGUGGUGACCGAAAUUUUUAUAUAGAAGAGAUCUAAAAUUGUUAUUCAAGUUUUACGAUAAGAGGUAAAAGGCAAAUUUUUCAAUUUUAAUCUAGUCAUUCGCAAGUCACUUUCUAUGCUCCGGAGAGCCUAAAAUAAGUUUAUUGUUGUUAAAAAUAAUAAACAAUUACUUGACAGUUAUAUUUUAAGGGUUUUUACUGAAUUACAUCACACAAAGCUGUACACUUUAGAGAUACUGAAGAGUUUGAACGUUUCUACGCGAUACUAGCGCCAUUACAUUUUUGUCAUUCCAUUUACGUUUUACGCCGGCGACGGCACAGUGUCAACACUGUCAAGUGCGUGUACUGCAUCAUGUAUAGGUAUGGGAUGUGUACAUGUUUACAUAUAGUAUGUUUUCACUAUUUGAGCAAAAAGUAAGUGUUGUGAAAUAUGAAGAAACGCAAGAGCAACAAAUCUCGACGUAACAAUGACGAUCAUCGCCGCUCUAAAAAAAGAAACAAAAAGCUUGAAUCUGAUUCUGAAAGCACAUCAUCUGAAUCUAAUGAUGAAUUUCAGAAGAAACCCAAGCAAAGAAAGCAUAAAUAUAGUUCUGGGGAAGAUUCAUCAGACAGUGAUAAGGAACAUUCAAAGAGAAAAAGUUUGGACUUAGAGAAACCUAAAAACUAUUUUGAUGAUGAUACCGUAGACAAUAUUGCGAAGAAUCGUAGACAUAGCCACGAUGAUGUAAGAAAACAUAAAGACAAAGACCAUCAUUCUAGUAGAAAUAAUGAAAGACAAAAAUAUGAUGAUCGAGAAGCUGGACCGUCAAGAGAACAUAGAUAUUCACAUUCUAGAAAACAUGAAAAGAGGAAAAAUGCACAAAGUUCUGAAGACGAAGAAGAUUCUGACUUCAGUUUUUUGAAGUAUAAAUAUGGCCUGAAUAGAGUUCUUUUAAGUCUUAAUUUGGUUCGAGAUUUGGAAGAAUUUUGGAUCUUUGUUAAAAAGUACGAGUUGAUGGAGAAAAAGAACCCAAAACAGAAAAAAAAUGCUUCAAGUAAUAUAAAUCAACUUGGGAUUCCAGAAGAUUAUGACAAAUUUCAUCGGUUAAAUUUUUCAAUCAAUUAUCGUACUAAAGAAUUAUUGCUAAGAGUUGAAGAAAGCAGGGAAUUAACAGAUGCAAGACUCAAAAAGUUCAAAGAUAUAGUCACAAUUUAUGUUGAUUUUAAGCAAAAAGAAAAAUUCCAAAAGUUGAAGAAAUUAAGAACAGAACAAGCAAAUUUGCCUGUUGCUCAAUACAGAGAUGAAAUAAUAGAAGCCGUUAAAACUGAAAGAGUUGUUAUUAUUGCUGGAGAUACAGGUUGUGGAAAAUCAACGCAAGUGCCUCAAUAUCUCUACACAGCUGGAUUUGGUCAAAUAGCUUGCACUCAACCUCGAAGAAUAGCGUGUAUAUCAUUGGCAAAGCGAGUGGCCUAUGAAACAUUAACGGAAAAUCAAAAUGAAGUUGGUUACCAAAUUAGGUUUGAGAAACAGAGAAAUAAAGAUACCAAAAUCACUUUUAUAACAGAAGGACUUCUUCUGAGACAAGUAUCUGGAGAAGCUGAACUUUCGCAAUAUGACGUUGUUGUUCUAGACGAAGUUCACGAACGUCACUUACAUGGAGACUUUUUACUUGGUAUUAUGAAAUGUCUUAUACACCAAAGAAGAGAUCUAAAAUUAGUUCUUAUGUCUGCAACAAUCAAUAUUGAGCUAUUUAGUAAUUAUUUUGCCAAUGAAGAUGUCAGAGUAAUUCAAGUUCCUGGAAGGCUGUAUCCCAUUCAGUUGAUUUACAAACCCGUACUUAUAGAAGACAAAUAUUCCAAAUCUGAAAGAUUUAAUCCUAGUCCAUACAUUCAAAUAAUGCAAAUAAUUGACAAAAAAUAUCCCAAAAAUGAAAGAGGAGAUCUACUUAUCUUUUUAAGUGGAAUUAGUGAAAUUACAGCAGUAGUAGAGGCUGCCAAGGAAUAUAGCCAAAAAGAAAACAACUGGAUAGUUUUACCUUUGCACAGUACACUGUCGAUUGCCGAUCAAGACAAGGUAUUUGGUUAUGCCCCAGAAGGGGUCAGAAAAUGCAUUGUAUCUACAAAUAUCGCUGAAACAUCGAUCACUAUAGAUGGAAUAAGAUUUGUGGCUGACAGUGGAAAAGUCAAAGAAAUGAGUUUUGAUCCAAUCUGUAAAAUGCAAAAACUAAAAGAGUUUUGGAUUAGUAAAGCUAGCGCAGAGCAACGAAAAGGAAGAGCUGGAAGAACAGGGCCAGGUGUCUGCUAUAGGCUUUACUCGGGAGAUGAUUAUUCAGCAUUUGAAAAAUAUUCAACACCAGAAUUACAAAGAGUUCCUCUGGAUUCUUCUUUGCUUCAAAUGAUUGCCAUGGGUUUACCAGAUCCACGCAAAUUCCCCUUCAUAGAACCUCCACCCGCAGAGAGUAUAGAAAAUUCGAUUUUGUCUUUAAAAGAACACGGUGCCUUAACGGAAAACGAAAAAUUGACAAACAUUGGAAAAACCCUUGCGAGACUUCCUGUUGAUAUAACGAUCGGAAAAAUGCUGAUUAUGGGCUCACUAUUUCAUCAAGUUGAACCUGUUUUAUCUCUGGCUGCUGCUCUAAGUGUUCAGAGCCCCUUUACAAAUAGAGCAUAUAGAGAUCUCGAUUGUGAAACAUCGAGGAAAAACUUGGAAUCUGAUCAUGGAGAUCCCAUAACUCUAUUAAAUGCUUACAAAGAAUGGCUGGAAAUAAAGCACGCAAAUAGCGCGGAAGUGCGUUCUGGAAGUAGUACCAGUAAAAAGUGGUGUAAGAGAAGAGGCCUGGAAGAACAAAGAUUUUACGAGAUGACCAAACUACGUACUCAAUUUAAAGAUUUACUUGAAGAUUGCAAGUUGCUGCACACAUCAGAUGUCAACUCUGAAAUGUCAAGUUCUGAGCGCAUAAUAAGACAUGGAGAACUAAAAUUACUCAGGUCGUUGAAAAGAUCGUACAAACAAAAUGAUACCAAUAAACGAAAGAAAUUGAAAAUCGACGAUGACAACAUAAGAAUAGAAGAUGACAAAGAGGAUGAGGAAAUCGAUAUCAAAGAUGUUGAAUUUAGAAUGAGAAAUGAUUUCUCUCAAGUCAGUAAUCUAGUCACAGCUUCAACAGCUUGUAGCUAUAAAGACUUGACUAUGCUCAAGCUGAUUUUAUGCAGUGGGCUUUACCCUCAAUUUGCAUCUGCAGAUGAAUUCAAUUAUUGCAAGACUGUGAGUGAGCAACUAUUUCAUACCAAAGUCAAGCCAUUUGUUGCACUGCAUCCCAUGAGCUUUUUUGGAACUCACCCACAAGUAUUACAAUUGGAAGAACCCGACAUUGUUUCUAUUCCAGGAUUUAAAUCAAAAACUCCUGUCAGCCCUAAGCAUCAGCUAUUAACAUAUUUAUCGUUGUUAGAAACUACAAAGCCAUACUUAGUAAACACGCUAAGGAUACCUGCAGCACAAACAUUACUUCUAUUUGCCCAAGAGAUUGAUACCAACUCAACAUUUACAACCCUUGCGUGCGACUCAUGGAUUGCCUUAGAUUUCCCUACUCCUGACAGUGGUGCACUUCUAUUAUUACAAGCAGCAAAAUUGCGCCAAAAAUGGGACCACUUGUUGAAUAUUCAACUGCAAGAUUCGUCGUCUUUAGAAAAUAAACUGGAAAAUAUCGAAGAAUUGGAGCACGAAUUGAGCAAAGGACUUGUAGACUUUAUGCACACAUCGGUACCAUAUACAGUAAAACGACUGUUGGCAGCCGAUUUGAAAAGGAUGUAUGUUGGUAGAGAAGAGAACUCUACCAUUUUAAUACCGAAUCCUUUUUCGAGCGACUACGAAUGUCAGCCUCAUGAACGAAAAGGCGGCGUCCGUGUUACCAAGCAAAUAACUUUCAAUUGCCUUGUAGAAAGCGAAUGGAGCGACAGAAUAUCAUGUGAGAUGCUCGAAAUAGAUUGGGAAUGUCACACUUGUAAUUUUAGAGGUGCUCUUCCGAGUAUCGAAAAACUGCAGCAUAUGAGUGUUUGUAAAAGGGAUAAUGCCUCUGAAAAAAAUAAAAGUUCUGCUCUACCUGUGUCGAAGAAGAAGAAUGCUAUAGCAUAUGAGUGUCCAGACUGCCAGAAAACAAUGUAUCUGCUGCCAACUGAAGUUUUGAAACAUAGAAAACAACACGAAACCUGAAUUUGCACUAGAUGGAAAAAUGUCGUACCGACAAAUUAUUUGUAUACUGUAAUAUAUUGUAAAUAUAUUUGUUGAAAU